GGGGCGGGGCGUGCCCUUGGCCCAGGGCCGACAGGUGCUCGCGGCGGGACAGGCGCGGUCCAAGCUCGCCCCCUGGACCACCGUCCGGUCCGUCGCAGCUUCUCCCAGGCGAUGCCUCCGCUCUGGGUCGUGCUGGCCUUCGGCUGCCUGCGACUUGGUUCCGGUGUGAACCUCCAGCCCCAACUGGCUAGCGUGACCUUUGCCACCAACAACCCCACCCUCACCACGGUGGCCUUGGAAAAGCCCCUGUGCAUGUUUGACAGCUCAGCGGCCCUUCACGGCACCUACGAGGUCCACCUCUAUGUGCUGGUCGACUCGGCCAGCUUCAGGAACGCCUCUGUGCAGGACAGCACCAAGACCCCUCUCAGCUCGACAUUCCAGCAGACGGAGGGGGGGAGGACAGGGCCCUACAAGGCCGCGGCCUUUGACCUGACCCCGUGCAGCGACUCGCCCAGAUUGGAUGAUGUCCGGGAUGUGUCCCGGGCCUCGGAGAUCCUGAAUGCAUACCUGAUCAGGGUGGGUGCCAACGGGACCUGCCUGUCGGACCCCAACUUCCAGGGCCUCUGCAACCCACCCCUGUCUGCAGCCACAGAAUAUAGGUUCAAGUACGUCUUGGUCAAUAUAUCCUCGGGCUUGGUACAGGACCAGACCCUGUGGUCAGACCCCAUCCGCACCGACCGCCUCACCCCGUACUCGGCAAUAGACACGUGGCCCGGCCGGCGGAGUGGGGGUAUGAUCGUCAUCACGUCCAUCCUGGGCUCCCUGCCCUUCUUCUUGCUCGUCGGCUUUGCUGGCGCCAUCAUCCUCAGCCUUGUGGACAGGGGCGAUGCUGACGGGGCAACAAGCCACGACUCCCAGAUCACGCAGGAGGUUGCCCCCAAGUCCCUGGGGACCUCGGAGACCCCAUACACGUCUGUGAACCGGGGGCCGCCCCUGGACAGGGCCAAGGUGUACACCAGCAAGCUCCAAGGACUGAGCCCGGGCGCCUCUUCUGGGCAGCCACAGUCCCCCUGAGGGCCUUGCCCGGGGGUCUGCGGGGGACAGUGUUCACACCCGGACCCCACCCAAGGCGAACUAACACAGGCCCAUGGAUCCAACUACAGGAAAGCGCUUAAUAAAACCUUCCCGAGAUUCAG